AGUUGGCAACACUUUAUUUCAGAAGAGUCAAGAGAAUGCUGGGAUAUUUCUUCUCGUGAAGUGGGUCUGAAAAAUGGCUCGUGGACCUAAAAAGCAUUUAAAGCGCUUGAAUGCUCCAAAAUCAUGGAUGUUGGACAAGCUUGGAGGUGUUUUUGCACCUCGUCCUAGCACUGGUCCUCACAAGUUAAGAGAAUCUUUGCCAUUGAUUAUUAUGAUCAGAAAUAGAUUAAAGUAUGCAUUAACUUGUGCUGAGGUUAAAAAAAUUGUGAUGCAAAGACUGAUCAAAGUAGACGGAAAAGUUCGAACCGAUACAAAUUACCCUGCUGGAUUUAUGGAUGUUAUUACCAUUGAGAAGACAGGAGAAUAUUUUCGUCUUUUGUAUGAUGUGAAAGGUCGUUUUAUCCUACAUAGAAUUACUGCUGAGGAAGCUAAGUAUAAACUAUGCAGAGUGAAGCGAGUUCAGGUUGGCCCGAAAGGUAUUCCAUUUUUGGUUACUCACGACGGCCGAACAAUUCGUUAUCCCGAUCCUUUGAUUAAGGUGAAUGAUACCAUUCAAGUGAAGCGAGUUCAGGUUGGCCCGAAAGGUAUUCCAUUUUUGGUUACUCACGACGGCCGAACAAUUCGUUAUCCCGAUCCUUUGAUUAAGGUGAAUGAUACCAUUCAGUUGGAUAUUGCAACUGGAAAGAUAAUGGAUUUCAUUAAAUUUGACAUUGGUAAUCUUUGUAUGGUUACUGGUGGUCAUAACUUGGGUCGAGUUGGUAUUAUAACAUCAAGAGAAAGGCAUCCUGGUUCAUUUGAUAUAGUUCAUGUCAAAGACACUCAAGGCCAUAGUUUUGCUACAAGGUUGAAUUACAUAUUUGUAAUUGGAAAAGGAAACAAACCCUACAUUUCCCUUCCCAGAGGCAAAGGAGUCAAACUGUCUGUAGCAGAGGAGAGAGACAGACGUUUAGCGGCAAAAUUGCAACAUUAGUUUGCAUAAGUGUACAUGCCUUAAAAAUAAAAGUUUUGUGGAAGAAAA